UCCCUGCCAUCAAUUUCCCGUGCAGUUUUUAAUGAAUAUUGUAUGUAGUCUCUGGCUUUGGUGCUGAUCAUUUCAAUGAGCGGGUCGGGAGGAGGAAGGUAUCCUGGAUGAGCACGCACACCAGAUGAUGGAAUUUCUCCCAGAGACCGCAGCUGCUCGACCAAGACUGUCUCCCUCGGAAAUAAGAUAAGAAGAGCAGAGCCAGGAGAUUAUACAGCUGGGAAGAUGUUCUGCGCGAAGCUGAAAGAGCUGAAGAUAUCAGGAGAGUGUCCAUUCUCCAGCAGCAGCGCCAAAAAUAAUGAGCUCGGAGACUUUGAGGUGCGCUCAACUGACGCCGCGGAUAUACUGCCUAUUUCUAAGGACGUGCACGGAAAAAUAGGUGAGGAUCUACCUCAACAGAAAACAAGCAGAGCCAAAGUUAACCUGCAUACACUUGGAGAGAGCAUCCGAAAAUUGGUAUGUCCCGAGUUUCAAAGGCUGCACACUGCCCUCCAACGAAUGAUGAGACUAUCAGAUCAAACCAGGGACUCUGAAAGUCCUACAAUUAGCUGUACAGACGAUCAGAGUUGCAGCGAUGAACCAGAGCAUUUAGUGGAAAUGAUGAACAUUUACUCAACCAGAACAGAAAUCGAGAUGGAAGCUUUAAAAGUCGCUCUUGGCGAGGAGCUCUUCAACAUGUGUUAUGAGGACGACGGACACAUUUUGAGAGUGGUGGGGGGAGCUCUCCACGACUUCCUCAACAGCUUCAAUGUCUUGUUGAAACAGAGCAGCACGCCGCCCAACCCGGACAGAGAGGAUUGUGUAAACGAACCUUCGGUGCUGUGCUUAGACAAGGAUGCAGGUCUGCUUACUGUCUAUUUCUUCAACCCCCGCCCGACCACUGAGCUCUUCUUCCCUGGAGUCAUCAAAGCUGCUGCCCGCCUGUUGUAUCACACCACUGUGGAUGUGUUGAUGGACCCCCCCUGUGCUAAAGACAGCAUCUUGCAGUCCAGCCCUCAGCCUAGUCUUCUGUACACAGUUGUAGUUAAGGAUGCUAAAAGUCUGAGCCCCAGUCCGCUGCGGGCUACCUCAGCUGGGACUCUUCCUACCUCCCUGUUCUCCACUAUCUUCCCUUUCCAUCUGAUCCUGGACCAGGACUUGGUUCUGAUACAAAUAGGACACGGGCUCAGGAAGAGACUGUUCAGGAAGGAUGGACUGAGGCGGUCUUCUACCUUCCAAGAACACUUCUCGAUUGUCUCUCCCCAGAUCAAAUGUACCUUUCAAGGUAUUCUGACCAUGCUAAACACACAGUUCCUCAUUCGGAUCACACAUGGAGUCUCCAUCACAGAUAACACAGGGAAGCUCAUGGACCUUAAAGGUCAGAUGAUCUACGUUUCAGAGUCCAACGCCAUCUUGUUCUUGGGCUCACCAUGUGUGGACAAGCUGGAGGAGCUAACAGGCCGCGGCCUCUACCUGUCAGACAUCCCCAUUCAUAACGCCCUGCGUGACGUGGUGCUGGUUGGAGAACAGGCCAAAGCCCAGGACGGUUUGAAGAAGCGUCUGGGGAAGGCAAAAGCAGCGUUGGAGCACGCUCACCAGGCAUUGGAGGAGGAGAAGAAGAAGACAGUGGACCUCCUCUUCUCCAUCUUUCCAGGCACUGUGGCGCAGCAGCUGUGGCAGGGCCAGACGGUGCAGGCCAAGAAGUUUGAACGUGUUACAAUGCUCUUCUCCGACAUCGUGGGCUUCACGGCUGUUUGCUCACGCUGCACCCCGAUGCAAGUGAUAACCAUGCUCAGUGAGCUGUACACCAGGUUUGACCACGAGUGUGGAGAGCUUGAUAUUUAUAAGGUGGAGACCAUCGGUGAUGCGUACUGUGUAGCUGGUGGCUUACACAAGGAGAGCGAAACUCACGCCGUCCAAAUUGCACUCAUGGCCUUAAAGAUGAUGGAGCUCUCAGACGAAGUUAUGACGCCAACUGGAGAACCAAUAAAGAUGCGUAUCGGCCUCCACACUGGUUCAGUGCUGGCUGGUGUAGUUGGGGUGAGGAUGCCACGCUACUGCCUUUUCGGGAACAAUGUCACACUGGCUAACAAGUUUGAAUCCUGCAGCCAGCCUAGCAGAAUCAACAUUAGCCCGACAACCCACAGAUUUCUGAAGGAUCGGCCAGAGUUUGUCUUCGUUCCCAGGAGCAGACAGGAGCUUCCGGCCGACUUCCCAGAGGACAUCCCUGGUGUUUGUUACUUUUUGGAGGCGUCCUUCAAAACUUCAAAACUGACUGUGAAAUGAAGUUAAGCUGCUGCAGAGCCCAAAAAAUGUUAGAUUUAACAAAAAUAUAAACGUAUUCAGUGAACACAGUGCGAACACCUUGUAUAUUUUGUUUUGGGUUGUUUAGAUAUUGAUGAUAUUGUCUAUCAGUCAAACUCUUGCAGCUGCUUAAAUACUGACAUGUCAGUUUGUUGUCAAACAUGAGUCUGGUGUCUGUACAAUUAUCCAUUUGUACAGUUGUAGCGCAGAGAAAUACUCACUUCCUUCAUUUUUCUUCCAGAAUGAGUCAUCUCUGCAAAUAUAAUAUAUAAAAGUGUCUUUGACUGUUGUGUUCAUUUUAACAUUUAACAUAUAUGUGACCACAAAGGGCAUACAGUUUUCCAAAACAAGUAAGUAGCUGCUUCUGGUUUGCUGUAAAGAAUCAAACAUAUUGUCUUGCAUAUAUAGAAAUACAUUUUGGAUGUUGAUCCUCAAUAUGAUGUUGCUAUACUUUCUUUUCUAUCAAUAUUGCGUUCUGUAAAUAUCCGACUGGUCCAUUCACAUCUCUUGAAACUACAGAAGGUACCUGCUAAAAGCACCUUGGCCUGUUGGCAGAAGAACACAAGAUUAAAACUGUAUUACUAAUGUACUGUAAAGUAUUGACUUUCUGAGUUUCAUUGGAGAAUUUCAUAACAAAUUUGUAAAAUCUGAAGCAAAUUAUAAUGUUUUUCAAAGAUUAAGGAGACACCCCACCUUCUUAAACUGAAAUGAACUCUUCUAAUCUAAUGGAGUGAUGCAGAGCAGAUUCAGGUGCCUUAUGGGAAAUACACAGGCAGGAUCACAGAUUUUUCAUGUUAUUUUACCUGUUUUUCUUUCUUUCUUGAAGUAGUUCAAUAUGCAUUUUACAGGUCAAUAAUUUCUUCCAGAGCUUUGUGGUUCCAACUCAGUAUAUAUUUGUAAUAACAUGUAACGUAGACUUCCAUUUAUUAGACAAAGCAUUCCAAAGUUGCAUUCUUCUAAUAUAAGUACUGUACAUGUAUUUUUUACUUCCCCCCCCCCCCCCCCCACUGUACACAUGUUUAUACUGUAUUUAUUGCAUUGGGUUCAUAGCACUCCUUUCCUAUACAGCGGUAAUACGACACAAGAAUAAUAAUAUUGAAUGUUCUACUAUAUCCCUCAUAAUGAUGUGCUUUAAUCAAUGUAAUCAAAGCGCAAUAAAUAUUGACAUUAACAUA